AUGAGCUACGACAAUGAGGCGGAUAGGACGGUCGAAGCUCGGCUGGCUAUCUUCAUGUAUAGUACGGAUCCUUCUCCUUCAUCUCCACCCUCCCCCCUUGACCUCUCCACCACCUUCCUCGGGCUCAGGCUCCCCUCCUCAUCCCAUCCACCCAUACUGAGGACCCUCUGCCCGCGUCCCGGUCCACCAACCCCCGAGAACCCCAACAAGCCCGGUCCGAUGACAUACCACUGUAUCUUCUUUGACCUCUGCCGGACCCCCGACACCCCUCGGCACGAUUGGAGGGAGAAGGGCAAAAACCUUCUCUCGAUCGACGACAUGCGCGUCCAGCGCUUCGCCGUACACUACAAAGAAGAGGAGUUCCCUGAGCUGGUAGCGGUCUACAAGUGGGAGUUUGAGACGCACAGCAGGACCGAGUUCGUCAAUGCCAUGGAGGACGUGGAUGGGCUGGUGCUGAUCCAAGACAUAGGCAAGGAGGCGGAGGUCGAGAGGGAGGUGGAUAUCGAGAAGCAGAUGGAGGGUAUCGCUGGCUUCAUUGCGGAGGCCAAGGGCAUGUUUGAGGCUGGUGAUCCUGGGCUUAUCACUCCCAACUCAUUCCCCGUCCCUGUCAGCGUCAUGGCCGGGACCCUCGGUGGGCGAGUCGGUAAUCGGAACCGCGAGGAGGUCAAGGAGAUCGCCAAGAAGGCCGACUGGAUAUAUACCUACAUCUCGACUCUCUCGCACGAGAUGGAGAUUGCCCAAAACAUUGUCAAGCUCGUUGAACGCAUCAAGAAGCGAGGGGUAUUUCGAUCUCGACUCGUCCCUGGCCUCGUUCGCCCUAGACCUACGCCAAAGUCUACCCCCAAAACACCCAAAGCUACACCUCCCACAAAAGCCCUCUCGCCCGCCUUGCCGGAAACGCCCGCGAGCCAGCUCCUCCACACUCACGACUCCCCCUCGAGCACGCGCCCCCUCAAAACCCCCAAGCGCUCCAUCGACUAUAAUGAGAAUCCCGUGCCGCCCCUGCCGGUCGCGUCGGGGAGCCGGGACGAGAGUGGCGAGUUCGGCCCUGUCACCAUCCCACGCAUCAGCCCCAAGCGCGUCCCACGUAUCGAUAUCCAGCAGCCCAAAAUCCCGCCGGUCCCCGCACUCCCCGCAUCCACCUCGUCUGGCUCUCUCCGAUCAGUCCGGCCCCACCCCUUCCGCGCCCAGUCGUCCGCCACCUCUAUCCCCAAGAAUGGCAGCUUCGACAAUACCGUAGCAAUCCCUGACGUUCCCCGCGCUCCCCUCCGUAUCCAGGUUCCCCCAGCACCUCGCGGCAAGGGCGACCCCAUCGUCAAUGUCCUCCGCAACUCCCCUCCGCGGAACGUCGACCUCGACGACUACGUCCCAGAGAUCAGCACCGCCGGUCAGGGCGAUAGCAUCCUCAACAACAUCGAGCGAUUCAAGAACCCGCUCCGGCCGGCUCCUCUCCCGCCCAAGGGCGAGAGCUUCAUGCCUUCGUACUUUGACAUGGAGGGCGGAGAGCUACGAGGUCGGCUGGAUAGUAAGGCGGAGUCGAGCUCGAAGGCCGCUGGAGGGGGUUUGUUGGGGAAGUGGGGAAGGGCGAUGAGCGUCAAGGGAAGCGAUGGGAGGUCGGGGAGUAUCUCGCCUGUCCCCGGUGGAAGUGGAAGUGGGGGCGGAGACGUGGAUGCGUCAACCCCCGGUCCGACUCCGGGGUAUACCUACCCGCCCAAGCCCGAGGCACAGCCCAAGCCGAAUCCAGCUGCUCCUUCCGCCGCAUCGGGAGCGCCUGUCCCUACCGUCUCGGUCACCCCUGCGGCCGACAACCCCGGCACCGUCCUCCCCGGGGCGAGCUUCACGGACGAGCCCACCACCAUGAGCGGCCGAAACUCCCGCGCCGAUGCGAUCACCCGGACGACAUCGGAGGAGAUUGCGUAUAAUGAGCGCAUGAUGAGGCGGUUCGGGGAUAUCCCUGGUUCGAAUGCGGGGUCGGAGAUACAGGAGGUGGAGUUUGAGCCGAGGGAAGGGAAGAAGAAGAGGUGGGGGUGUUGUGUUGUCAUGUGA